AUGCCCCGCAAUGAUCGACCAGCGCCCCGCAAUGAUCGACCAGCGCCCCAUAAUGAUCGACCAGCGCCCCGCAAUGAUCGACCAGCGCCCCGCAAUGAUCGACCAGCGCCCCAGCGCCUUGCAAUGAUCGACCAGCGCCCCGCAAUGAUCGACCAGCGCCCCAUAAUGAUCGACCAGCGCCCCACAAUGAUCGACCAGCGCCCCGCAAUGAUCGACCAGCGCCCCGCAAUGAUCGACCAGCGCCCCGUAAUGAUCGACCAGCGCCCCACAAUGAUCGACCAGCGCCCCGCAAUGAUCGACCAGCGCCCCGUAAUGAUCGACCAGGGCCCCGCAAUGAUCGACCAGCGCCUUGCAAUGAUCGACCAGGGCCCCGCAAUGAUCGACCAGCGCCUUGCAAUGAUCGACCAGCGCCCCGCAAUGAACGACCAGCGCCCCAUAAUGAUCGACCAGCGCCCCGCAAUGAUCGACCAGCGCCCCAUAAUGAUCGACCAGCGCCCCGCAAUGAUCGACCAGCGCCCCAUAAUGAUCGACCAGCGCCCCGCAAUGAUCGACCAGCGCCCCGCAAUGAUCGACCAGCGCCCCGCAAUGAUCGACCAGGCCCCGUAA